ACAGUACUCCAUUUAGUGACAAACUGAGCUGAAGAUGCGUUGCCAAUUCGUUAUCGCCUUUGGGCUUUUGGCCCUAAUAGCAACUGCCUACGCCGAUUCUCCACCUGCGGCAGGAUCCCCACCCGCGUCAUCUCCACCGGCUGGAACCCCAACCUCGCCACCUCCAGCGACUGGAACACCGCCCUCACCAUCCCCAGCGACUGGAACACCACCUUCAGCAUCCCCAGCUGCUGGUACACCGACCUCGCCAACUCCAGCGACUGGAACACCGUCCUCGCCAGCUACUCCUGAUGCGCCCGCUUCCUCGACAUCACCAGCUACGCCCACAUCGCCCAGUGACAGUGGAUCCAGCAGCAGCCAGGAAGUGAUUAGGCUCAGGCGUCGGCUGCGCCGGCUGAGGCGUCAGCUCCGCCGCGAGAGGCGUCAGGCCAACCAGAGUAAUCAGAAUGGAGGUGGUGGUCAGGGGCGAGUGGUUCGCCGUGUACACCGUCACCGUCGUCUAUUGUAAAAUUCACGAACAUGUUGGCUACGAAUUUGAAAUAAAAUUCCAGACAGAAAUGCAAUAAAUCUAAAAAAAACAU